AUGUUAGGUAACUACGAAAAAAUCGUAGUGAUAUGUUGUGUCGCUAUGUGCUCAAAGAAUGUAAUUAGACAAGUAGGAUUACAAAAAUAUAAGAAAACACCUGUCGAAGUUGAUGGACCUUUAAUUCGAAACCACACUGAUAAAUCCUCGAGUGCUGAUUUGAGGAGUUUGAUUGAUAAAUUGAUUAAGAGAGACUCUCCGCCACCAACAAAACGGUUGUUUCUUAAGAUAUCCAUCGAUGGUUCGUUGGUUGCAUUUGUAGUGUUUGUUGGUUUAGUAGCAAUAUCUGCUGAGAAAGAUAUUCGAUCUCCAUAUCUUGACUCUCCAAAUAACUAA